UUCUAAUCUCAGCUUGCUACCUUGGCCUAAGCCAGCAGUUUGGCCUUCAUCAGUUCCUACAGAUGCCUCAGCACAGGUGCUUGAGAAAGAAAAGUUUAAGGUAAAAGAUGCUGGCAGUGAAAAAACUGCCACCAAAGCAACAGUUUGUACCAUCCCUUGAAGACAUUGUCAAGUUGCUUAAACUCUCAGCUGAUUCCAAAUGUUUACCCUUUGGAAAAUCCAUACAUGCACAGUUGCUAAUUCGGAACCAAGCUUCACACCACACUCACAUAUUCCAAAUCAAUUCUUUGAUCAACUUCUACGUCAAAUGUGGCCACUUGGUCCUUGCCCGAAAACUGUUCAACGAAAUGCCACUUAGAAAUGUGGUCUCUUGGAGUGCUCUGAUGGCGGGGUAUCUCCAUAGUGGGAACCAUUUGGAACCCCUUGUGCUCUUCAAGAGCAUGGUUUCAACGCAAGAAGCGUGCCCCAAUGAGUUCGUUUUAACAACCAUUGUAUCUUGUUGUUCUAGUAGUGGAAGAGUCCAUGAAGGUAUGCAACUUCAUGGGUAUUUGGUGAAGUGUGGAUUGGUGUCUCAUAAAUAUGUGAGGAGUGCCCUUGUUCACAUGUACUCAAGGUGCUCUCAUGUGGACUCAGCAUUGAAGGUUUUGGAUAUGGUCCCCAACCAUGAUGAUGAUGGUGAUAGUGAUGUCUUUUCUUAUAAUUCUGUGUUGAGUGCUCUUCUGGAAUCCAGAGAGACGGAAGAGGUUGCUGGGGUUUUGGGGAGAAUGGUGAAUAGAUGUGUGGUGUGGGAUAAUGUUACAUAUGUUAGUGUUAUGGGCCUUUGUGCUCAAAUCGGAGAUUUGAAACUGGGUUCGCAAGUCCAUGCUCGGUUGUUGAGGAGUUCGACGUUUGAUGUCUAUGUUAGUAGUGCAUUGAUCGACAUGUAUGGCAAAUGUGGGGAAGCUUCAGAGGCAAGGAAAGUUUUCAAUAGCUUGCAAGAGAGGAAUGUGGUUGUGUGGACUGCUCUCAUGGCUACUUACUUGCAGAAUGGAUAUUUCGAGGAGACUCUGAAUCUGUUUACCAGUAUGGAUAGAGAAGAUACUCCACCCAAUGAGUUCACUUUUGCAGUUUUAAUUAAUGCUUGUGCAGGUAUAGCUGCACUGGGACAUGGCGAUCUAUUACAUGCCCAGGUUGAGAAGUUUGGUUUCAAGAAUCAUAUCAUUGUAAGAAAUGCUUUGAUCAAUAUGUAUUCCAAGAGUGGCAGCAUUGAGUCUUCAUCUAAUGUGUUCUCAGAUAUGAUACAUCGAGAUAUAAUCAGUUGGAAUGCUAUGAUUUGCGGGUACGCCCAUCAUGGACUUGGUAAACAAGCUUUGCUAGUGUUCCAAGAUAUGUUGUCUGUUGGAGUGUGUCCUACCUAUGUAACCUUCAUUGGAGUUCUUUCUGCUUGUGCUCAUUUGUCUCUUGUACAAGAAGGGUUUUACUAUUUGAAUCAUCUGAUGAGGAAAUUCCAGAUUGAACCAGGAUUGGAGCACUACACCUGUGUGGUUUUGCUUUUGAGCAGGUCUGGUUUGCUUGAUGAAGCUGAUAACUUUAUGAAGACAACUCAGGUGAAGUGGGAUGUUGUUGCUUGGCGAACUUUGAUUAAUGCAUGCCAUGUUCAUCGAAAUUAUGAUCUGGGAAAGCGAAUCGCAGAAUAUGUCAUAAAGAUGGACCCUCAUGAUGUGGGGACUUACACGUUACUAUCAAAUAUGUAUGCCAAGUCAAGGAGGUGGGAUGGAGUAGCAAAGAUUCGGAAGAUGAUGAGAGAUAGAAACAUCAAGAAGGAACCUGGAGCAAGUUGGCUAGAGAUAAGAAACGAUAUCCAUGUCUUUCUUUCAGAAGGCGAUAAUCAUCCGGAAUCUGUUCAGAUUUAUGAGAAAGUUCACGAGUUGUUAGCAAUGAUCAAGCCACUUGGGUAUGUGCCGGAUGUUGCUGCUGUGCUGCAUGAUGUAGAGGAUGAACAGAAGGAAGGUUGUCUUGGUUAUCACAGUGAGAAGCUAGCUAUAGCAUAUGGCCUCAUGAAAAUUCCUUCACCUGCACCAAUUCGUAUAAUAAAGAACCUUCGGAUGUGUGAUGACUGUCACUCCGCUGUGAAACUGAUAUCGAAGGCCACAAAUAGGCUGAUAAUUGUUAGAGAUGCUAAUCGUUUUCAUCAUUUUCAAGAUGGGUUCUGCACCUGCAUGGAUCAUUGGUAGAAACAGAGAUAAAUUUUGUGUAUUCUGUAAUCUAGCAAUGUUUUAUCUUGUUCAAGGUAUUAGAGGAUCUUUUUCUACCCCUUUUUUGUCAAGGUAUUAAACAGCACAUCUACCGGUUACAGAAAAAUAGAAUAGAAUACCAAGAUUUAAAGCAAUUAAGUUCCAAAAUAUAGUUCCUCACUUCUGCACAUUCAUGUACAAUAUUUAUCUAGGAUUCUUACUGUAUAUGUUAUUGAUUAGAUUCUCAUCCGUGGCAAGAAAAAUGAAAGAAUUUCAGUUUCAGUGGCACUUUGGCAUCAUGAGUUUCCAAAUCCUUGCUCUUCUAUGUACUUAGUCUGUAAGAAUUACCUUUUCUUCUGCUGAAAACAUUUGCAGCUCUUUUAUAGU